AUUGGCUAGUCGGGUCAGGCUUAUCAGGCCCACCCUUUUACUGUCUCUCUACUCGAGUAGGCGGCGGCGAUGGCGGAGGGAGGCCUGAGCCGGGUCCCUGACGUGGACAUCGGCCCGAACGGCGUCUUCAAGUACGUCCUGGUCCGCGUCACGCCGAAGGGGGCGGGGCCUGGCAAGGACGUCGUGCGCGGCUACGCCUGGGCCGAGUAUCACGCCGAUAUUUAUGACAAAACUGCCGAGGAGUUGGAGAAGUUGGGCUUCCGCUGCGAAUGCCUGGGCGGCGGUAGGAUCUCCCACCAAAGCAGCGCAAAGAAGAUCCAUGUUUACGGCUACUCCGUGGGGUUUGGUCGAGCAAAACAUUCCAUUUCCACAGAGAAGCUGAAAGCCAGAUACCCAGACUAUGAGGUCACCUGGGCAGAUGAGGGAUAUUAGCACCAGUAGACUCUGCCCCAGAGAGACCUCUAGGAGCGUAACCAUUGCUUUGGCCCAGUUGCCUUGGCCCACCUAAUUGGUGCUGCAUGGACUGAGACUGCCAAGGGGAAAUUUGCACAAGAAUGUGUUGGUCUUGGGAUCCGUGCUCUGUGUGAGCCUCCACCAGUGUGUGCCAAGCCUUUGCAUGAAUAGAAAUAAAUAAGCUUAUCGCUGGCCUGA